AUGAAGGUUGCUGUUAUUUUCGGUGCUGUCGCUGCCCUUGCUGGGCCAGCUACCGCCUUUUAUGGCCAAAUGGCUGCCAGCGCGUUGACAGUUAGUGGAGAGGGCCCUGCCUAUCAACUCAUCACCUUAACCGACUACAAUACUGGAUCGAUUUACUCUGGCGAUCUCAAUGGCGGCUUUCGUAGCGAGCAGGCGACUGUUUUCUUUGGAGAGGAUACUCCUGGCGGUUACGAUUUCUAUGCUCUUAUGUGGGAGACUGAUGAUGGAUGCUACAACAUUAACUUUCAGGGUGCUUUGAGUGCAGGCCACGGAUGGUGCUGUGGCUCACUUCCUUGCGAUUUUACUGCUUAG